GACUCCAGCCCAAUCCAACCUGCGGAGCCAAGCAUGCUUCCCAGCCGCUGAGCUUCCCGGCUACUGCUCCUCUUAGACCUCUCUGGCUCCCCAGCCUCGCAACACACUUUUGCUUGAGUUCACUUUCCUCUGACUCAGUGUGGACUCAACUUUGCGGAAGCGACGGAAGUAAACCUGGUUUUCUUUACAGAGGUUUUAAGACCCGGAGGAUACAAUGUUCACUAAACUCUUCCAGCAGUGGAGUUUCGCAGUGUUUCUGCUGAGUUAUUCCAUGCCUUCUUACGGGAGAUCAGUGGAGGGGAUCAGCCGCAGACUCAAAAGGGCUGUAUCUGAGCAUCAACUACUGCAUGACAAAGGCAAGUCGAUCCAAGACUUACGAAGAAGAAUCUUCCUUCAAAAUUUAAUUGAAGGUGUCAACACUGCAGAAAUCCGUGCCACUUCAGAGGUCUCACCUAAUCCUAAGCCUGCUACCAACACAAAGAAUUACCCCGUCCGAUUUGGCAGUGAUGAUGAAGGCAGAUACCUAACUCAAGAGACAAACAAAUCGCAGACCUACAAGGAGCAGCCCCUGAAGGUAUCAGGAAAGAAAAAGAAAGCAAAGCCUGGAAAACGUAAGGAACAAGAGAAAAAAAAGAGGCGGGCCCGUUCAACUUGGAUAAAUCCUGGCAUGUAUGGAAGUGGUACGACAGAGAACCCACUCUUGGACAUCUCUGCUACUACACUUGAUCACACUUUAAGGAGACGCUGACACUUUCAGCAAGAGUUUUUUGGAAGACAUAUUGCAGUAUUCUGUAAUAGUGAACAUAUGGGAAGUAUUAAAAUAUUUAUUACCUGUAAAUAUUGUAAAUGCUAAGAAUAAAACCUUUUCCCCCCGUUGCUCUCUGAAACUGCACAUUUGGUUAUUGUGAAUUUCCCCUUUUUUUGGCUAAGGCUAAGACAAUUAUUAUUGUCACACUUACCAUAAUUUAUUUUGUUGACCGGUGUAUUUAUUUUGUGAAA